CAUAUGAUGCUGUCCACAAGUACUUCUGGCAAUAAUAAAAACUUCCAGGCCGGCCAGCCAGCUAGGUUUUGCUAUAAAUCUUUUCUCCAUCUUCCUUCAGCUUGUUCCAAGUGAAAAUCUAUCAGUCUCUGUGCACUUGCACAUUACCUUCUAGCUUCAGCUUUAAAUCCUCUUCAUUCUUCAACUACUACUUGGUUUCUUUCUUUUCCCGGAGAUAAAUCUAGCAUGGCUACCGAAGAGGCUCAUGCAGUACCUAAGAUUGUGGGAGAUAAGUAUAGGUCUUUCUUACAUGAUGAUGCAGAGAAAAUCGAAUGGAGGCAUGGUGGCGCUCCCACAUAUGAUGAUGUUAACAAGCUCUUCGAAGAAGGCAGGACAAAGGAAUGGCCAAAAGGAUCACUAGAAGAAAUAGUACAAAAUGCUGUCAAGUCAUGGGAGAUGGAGCUCUCACACAAAACUCGCUUGAAGGACUUCAAGACCAUAAACCCCGAGAAGUUCAAGCUCUUCGUUAAUGGGAGAGAGGGGCUAUCCGGGGAAGAAACUCUUAAGCUUGGGAGCUACAAUGCCUUGUUGAAGAAUUCUCUGCCAAAUGAGUUUCAAUACUAUAAAGCAGAUGAAGAGACCUUUGAAUCGUCUCAUGAUGUCUUUAGAUCGGCUUUCCCUCGCGGGUUUGCGUGGGAAGUGCUCAAUGUUUAUUCCGGACCGCCUGAAAUUGCUUUCAAAUACCGGCACUGGGGUUUCUUCGAGGGACCCUAUAAAGGGCAUGCUCCCACUGGAGAGAGAGUUCAGUUUGUUGGAUUGGCUACUCUCAAGGUUGAUGAAUCUCUGAGAGUAGAAGAGGUGGAGGUAUACUACGACCCAGCAGAGCUGUUUGGAGGCCUUCUCAAGGGACCACCUAUCUCAGAGUCCGCUGCUCAUGGCUGCCCGCUCUCCAAAUGAUCAAAUCAUAUCUGCUUUUGCUUUAAAUAGGUAAUUCCAGCCAUCCAUCGUCUCUCCUCCAUUCUCUUCUCUACUCUUCUCUUCCAGGGGUCCAUGUACGCAAUUGGAUUUAAACUUUUAUCUUUUUGUAACCUUAAUGAUGUUCAGCACUCUGUAUUUCUGUAGCAUGCUAGUCAUAAAUAUCACAAUGCUUCAGUAAUAAAACAUUUGGUCUUCGAAAAA